AUGCAAGAAAGACAGGUUGGGACCAAAAUAGCGCUUACCAAAAAUGGCAGCAAUAUGCUUCCAAAAUUACAGUACGAGAUUAGUGGUUUGGAACCUGAUCGAAAAUAUCUGGUCAGUUUUCUAUUUGAACCUGCCGGUAGUUGGGCAGUGACAGAAUGUUGUGAUCCAUUUGGUUCCCCUGGUUAUUUGAUGCGUCCAGAUGAAAGUAAAGAAGGUGAAUGCUUUGUGAAAACUGGUCCUCGUUUUGAUUUUGUCAAGAUAACCAACAGUGCUGACCACCAAAAUGAUAAUGUAUUAAUUCAAGCUGUGCGUGAGUAUCGCCCAACAGUUGCCGUAUUUCUCAAAGGCAAUAAUUUUUACAUUAAACUGAAAUUGAAAGACACAUCAAGAAUUCCUGUCAACGGUUUUUGGCUAAUUAAAUAUUUUUUGCUAAACAUCCUCAUCAUUAAAAAAUUGCAAUUCUGUUCUUUCGAAAUGAGUUUUGAGAAUAGUUUUUUUGAACGCCUCUCUCCUAUAAUCUCAGAGAAGUUUCGAAAUGCUCGUAACAGCAAACCAGGCAUAAGCUUACAAUAA